AAGACUCAGAACCAUAUACAGAAAAGGGGAAGAACAGGGCGGGGAAGAAUUCAUCGUGGAAUAAUGAAGAUGUCUAAAAUGAGAGAUGGAGAGAAGAUGAAGUCGACGAAGCAGCUUCUGGCGGCGGAUAAGAGCCGCGGCUGCAUAAGCUCUCAUAUGUCUAUCGUUCAUAAACGCCUCUACGAUGCCUUCAACCUAGGAUUCAGUGAUGACCAAAGGAAGAAAAUUCUAGCUGAUAUUGAGACACAGAGAUUAAUUUUGCGCUCCAUGAAUGCAUUUCUUGAUUGUAUUUCCCCUGAGACAUCUCAACACUCGAUUGUCAAGGAGUCUGCUGGUGAUGUUGUAGGUGCAUUGGAAUGUAUUGUUCAAUAUGGAAGUGAUGUUAUAAUUACGUUAGCUUCAAAUGUAGCCAUAAAGAUCAUCAACAAAUUACCCAAUUCAAUACUGCAAGAUCAUAUAUCAGGUCUUGUUCGACUUUUGAUCAUAUUGAUAUCAUCUCGUCGAUCACAAGUAGUUGUUGCAUGUUUGCCUGCUUUAAAAUUGGUGUUCUCAAAUCUACAUAGCAAAAGGGAGAAACAAGUAUGGGAGAUCUUGCAAGACACGAAUUUUGUCACUCAGCUUGUUUGCAACAUACAAGAUUUUUCAGUUGAAGAGAAUUAUAUACGUCGUUUCUCAGAGACGGUUUCUCUUCUUAGUAAAAUAUUGUGGAGAUGGCCACCUUAUAGGUUCCGUGUGUCGAGCAACGUCAAGAUGAUGGUAACUUUAGAAAAGAUUAUACUUCUAAAUCCAGAAUCUUCUUGCAAAGUUGCAAUUUUGCAGUUGUGUUGUGCUAUAGCUAUGUGCGGUUAUGGAGCUCGGAAAAUACUAGAAAAUGGGAAAACCUUUUUACCCCUCAUGGCAGAUUCCAUGGGCAGUUUGAACUCGUACGUUCUGCAAACGGAGGGAUUUAGACUUGCUCAAUCUUUGAUGGUGAAUAAACCUGGAUGUUCGACGGUUAUGAAAAUAUGUUGUGAACCAAUUGUUAGAGCUAUACUGGGUGCAAUGAGCACUUGGAGCUUUAAAGCUGAAAAACUGUCCAAGGAACGGCUCUCUUUUCUAAUGGAAGCAUGUCGGUUAGCUUUGAUUACUCGUUGGGAAGGAGAUCAUCAUUCUUAUUUCUGGGAGUUGGGAUUUGACAAAGUACUCCUUAGUCUCUUAUCAGAAGGCUUCGACUCCAGAAAAGUUGAACAAUAUCAGAAUCUGGAAACUUUAGAAGAACAACUUUCCAUGGCCCGGAAGGGUUUAAGGUCAAAUAUUCUCAUUGCUUUGAGGCCCUUUAUUUGGGAUAUUCUGGGUGGUCUUGCAACACAUUGUAAUGAAGGUUUUAACCCGAAUGAGCUGAGGAAUGACUCUUGCCUCAACAUUCUUAUUGCCUGUGCAUGUUUGACUUCUGUAGAUGCAAUUCAUAGGGUACUUUCAGUUUCUCAAAGUGACGUUUCAGAUAUUUUUGAAAAGGAAUCGGCUUUAAGAUGUGUUCUUUUUAUGAUCUAUUCUCCUUCGAAGGCCAUUUCGUCCAAAGCCGGAUACAUCCUGUCUAAAGUUUUAAUGACAAACGGAACAGAAUAUCCAAAGCUUUUGCUUGAAAAACUCAACAUGGUUACCUCUUUUAAUAAGGCAAGCAAUUGGGACAACAUUCUUUCUAUCAUGUAUUUGAUGAGCUUAGCUUGUUUUCUUGCUCUUCCGAACUAUGAAGAUCAUUUCAUUCAAAGCCAAGAAGGAAUAAACGAAUUGCUGGCUUUCAUGCAUUGGUGCUUAAACAAUGAUGUCCGCAUGAAGAGGUCGAAUGUGGCUCCUCAUUUACAAAACAGUUCUUCAAGUGACAGAAUCUUUUGUUGCGUUCGUGAAGGAGAUUGGGAUGGCGAAGAUUCCCUUCUAUUGUUUUGUUUAUGGGCAAUAUCAGAGUGGAUUCAUCGUUUUCAUAUCGACAUUGAUGAAACCCAAUUUGUCAGUCAACUCCAGAGCAUUUGCAAUGGCGAUUAUUCCCAUGGACCUAAAUGGUACUCUGUUUAUAUUCUCAGCCAUUUCGGUAUCUAUGGAUAUACUAGCGAAUUCGGAAAGAGGAUCGGAAGUGCCUUGCACAAUGAGCAGUUUUCCGAUCUCGAACUCGUCCAUAGAAGUGGCGAUCCAUUUAAUGUUCAUGGUGUGUUCUUACUGGCUCGCUGUCCCUCUUUGUUAUCUCACGAAAAAGAAAGGAUGUAUGAUAAUGACGUUUCUGUAAUAACCACGUCCGAGUGUGAAAGGAGGAAGCGAGUUCAUCUUUCGGCACAUGUGGAUCAUCGUGCCUUGACCAAGUUAUUAGAAUACGUUUACUUCGGUUGUUACUCAGACGUGGACCCCACCGUUUUGAAAAAGCUCAGUGUGCUUGCCAAACAUUGUAACAUGAAGUAUCUACUAUCAACGCUACGCAGAAAACGUCCAAUUUGGGGGUCUCAUUUUCCUAGCUUUGAUCUUUCACGUGCUCUCGGGCAAGAUGGGUACCGUUUCUCCGACAUUACUUUAGAAGCCACAAGUAGUGAGAUAACGCAAACUUGCAGUUCUUGCUCCUCGUUGGUGCCACACGUGCAUGCUCAUAAAGUUGUAAUGUGGUCAACCUGCGAUUAUUGGCAGGCCUUGUUUCAGUCUGGGAUGCAAGAAAGCCUAUCAGGUGCAAUAAAGAUUCCUGUUAGUUGGGAGGCAUUAGUUAAACUAGUAAACUGGUUUUACACAGAACAAUUACCAGACCUUGUUUCCAGCUGCCUAUGGGAGAAUUUAAGCAUGGAGGAGAAAACAAAACAACUCUAUCCAUUCCUCGAGUUAUCUUGGCUUGCGGAUAUUUGGCUUUUGUCGGAUCUUCAUGAUUAUUGUUCAAACGUGGUAAUAGGCUUUCUGGAAUCUUCUAGAAGUUUGUCUUUAAAUGUAAUUCAAACUGCGGCCGAACUCUCCCAGUGGGAUGUUGUUCAAGCGGCGGCAAAUUGUUUGGCGAGUUCUUAUAACCAACUUCGUAACACUGAAGAAUUUGAAGCUCUCGACAAAGGAUUAGUUGAUAUGGUAAGGGCUGCGUCGGUUAGGCUCUCCCAAAUGCGUGAUAUGUGAAGUCUUGUUGUACUAUGAUAAUGGUGUUUUUUCUUUAAAGGGUUGCAAUAUUAGGGAAUUGUUGAUUUCAAAUGAGACCCAAUAUGGGUUGUGCAAUUUUACAAUAUUUAUUAUUAACUAUGGUCGAAUGAUUAGUAAUUUAUUUACCUUGGUGACUACCUUAGUUUGGAAGGAUAGCCAUGGCAACUUUUUUUUUUUUAAUAAAACAGUUUGUGG